CCUCUGAAGCUCUGCUUUUUCUUCACCCUUUCUCUGUCCUCCCGUUUAAAGCACAUAUUUUUCAUAAAAGAAAAAACCCUAACAACUUUUACAAACACACACUUUACACACAUAUAUAACUAUAUGUAUGUAUAUGUAAUAUAUAUCAAUAUCUAUAGAUAGAGAGAUGGAGUAAGAUUUUCUGAACAUACAGAAUUUGAGAGAUGGGAGGGGUGACUUCGUCGGUGGCGGCUAGGUUGGCGUUCUUUCCGCCGAAUCCGCCGUCGUACACGGUGGCGACUGAUGAAUCGUGCGGGAAAUUGGGGAUUUCCGAUUUCCCGUUGAGGGAAAACGUUGACGUUUUGAAACUGGAGACCAAGAGAGGGAACGAGAUCGUGGCGGUGUACAUGAAGAACCGGUCGGCGUCGUUGACGCUGCUGUACUCGCACGGAAACGCAGCUGAUCUGGGUCAGAUGUACGACUUGUUCAGUGAACUCAGUGUUCAUCUCCGAGUUAAUGUUAUGGGAUAUGAUUAUUCAGGGUAUGGACAGUCCACUGGCAAGCCAAGUGAGCAAAACACUUAUGCAGACAUAGAAGCUGCAUAUAAAUGCCUUGAAGAGACUUAUGGGGUAAAGGAGGAGGAUGUUGUAUUAUAUGGGCAAUCUGUUGGGAGUGGGCCCACCUUAGAAUUGGCAUCCCGUUUAUCAAGUUUGAGGGCUGUUGUUCUUCAAUGUCCAAUUUUGUCUGGACUUCGAGUCAUGUAUCCAGUGAAGCGAACAUACUGGUUUGAUAUAUAUAAGAAUAUCGAGAAAAUAUCAUCAGUCGAAUGCCCUGUUCUGGUAAUUCAUGGAACCGCAGAUGAUGUUGUGGAUUGUUCCCAUGGUAAACAGCUCUGGGAGCUCUGUAAAGAGAAGUAUGAGCCAUUAUGGGUUAAAGGAGGCAAACAUUGUGACUUGGAGCUUUACCCAGAGUACAUAAGGCAUCUCAAGAAGUUCAUUUCAGCCAUUGAGAAGUCAGCACGCUCGAGAAAUGGUUCUGGACCUAAUUCAGAUUUGAAGAAUCCCAGGCCAAGCACAGAUCAGACGGAGAAGUCUAGGUCAAGUACUGAUCAGAGAGAGAAGCCAAAGGCAAGCAUGGACCGCAUAGAGAAAUCAAGAGCCGGCACAAACAAGAGGGAAAUAUCAAGAAACAGUGUAGAUCUUGCUGAGAAAGCAAAAAACAACACAGACCAGCCAGAAAAAGCAAGGAACAGCAUUGAGAGCUUUGGAUAUAUGAUAAGGUCAGUUGGAUUCGGCAAUAUUGAUUGUUUCAAGCCCACAGGAGCAGUGACCUGAGGAUGGUGAAAAAGUUCAGUCCAAAGGUCAGAUUGUAGAUGGUUUUGGUUUUACUUUUAAUUUGGUCAAUUGAUUUACUUGACCGAUACAUAAAUGUCUCUUUUUUAUCUAUAUGUUUCAGAGAAUCUACAGGAAAUUAAUUUACCCCGGCCAGAUUAUGUAUCUUAUGUGUUGGUCAAUGCUAAUAAAUUUGACCUCUCCCCACCCCACCCCACCCCAUGUAUUCCCCAUAUUAGAUUAGCUGUUUUCUGUUUCUUGUAAGUUCCAGUUCUAGUUGUACUUGGCUUAUCCCAAAGAAUAAAGAAAAUUUAUAAUAAUUUAAAAGUUUCCAUUUUUAGUUUGACAA